CUGAACCUAAAAGGCUCGGGAACCACAAGAAGGCAGAAGAUCGCUGCAUUUUGUAAUAGAGCACGUAACAUAUGAAUCGGCACCCCUCAAAAGUUCUGAUCGACAAAUUAAGACGAACCGUUAAGAGAGCAGUGCUAUUACCUUUCCCAUCCUAUGCUCAGUGCUGGAGGAAUCAGGGUUUCCUAGUUUUGCCAUCCAUGUUUUCACCCAUGUAAUGAGAGAAGCCGAUGAAUUGUUUGAAAUUAACUCUAAAUUGUUGUUAGAGUUCUUAGAGGUCAAAGAUCAAAUUGAAGGAAAGUUCUACAGCAAGUUCAAAGAUCUAAUUAUGCUACCGAAAAACCACCUGGGGGUAAAGGAUCUCUCCAGCACUAAUCAUCUGUGUUAUCAGGGGCAAGUUUUCAACCGAGUGUGUUGAGGCUUGAUAAAGCACGAUAUUUUACGAAAGGCACGACAGGGUGGACUCAUAUAGAGGAUUUCAUUACAUGUAGAAUUGAUGCUGAGUUAAAAAAUACCCACUUAUUGCACGAGAAAGAGGAGAAGAAGUAUUUUCAUCCCCAUCCGCUGCUUGGUUUGACCUUCAUGAAUUGGAUAAAAAGAAUCAACCGAUUGACAAACAGACUCGCCGAGAUCCUAAAGCCAUGUAAUCCUGAUCAUCAGUCGAGAUCUUGAGAGGCGGGAAUAUGGUUAAGAACGAUUACGAGAAAGUAAACUCUGACGAAGAAGGCAAAAAUAAUGUCAACCCAGUUCUGAAUGCCAACAUCUUCUCCCGAAUUACAAUAUGGUGGAUGAACAAAAUCUUUGUUACGGGAAACAAACGGCCACUGGAGGAAGACGACUUAUUUCCACUCUUAGAAGAAGAUAAAUCUGAAGUAUUAACAGAAAAUUUACAAGAGGAGUGGGACAAGGAACUGAAGAAGAGGCAUCAAGGCAAACGGCCAAGAUUUUGGAAGGCUUUGAUGCGAGUUUGCCCAUGGUAUGAAUAUUUCUCAAUUGUCGCUCUGGUUCUGACAGACAUGGCAAACAGAAUGACACUGCCAGUUUUGCUUGGUUUCCUGAUCUCUUACUUGAUGGGAAUACGUCAGUUGGAUGUUAGUUUCAAAUAUAUCUUACCCACUUUUAUAUGUAUCACAUCCUUGGGAAGAAACCUAGCUCAACAUCAUUAUCAAAACAGGUCUGCUCUUUUAGGGAUGCGAUUCAGAGCGGCAGCCACUGGUUUACUUUACAAAAAGGUACUACGCAUGAGCCAAUCAAAGCUUGCAAAGAUAACAUCCGGUCAUGUGAUCAACUUGGUAUCCAAUGAUAUCCAGCGACUAGAUCUAGCCACUCAAAACCUCUUCGCGUCACUGCGAUCCCCGUUCGAUCUCGUGAUUCUAGGAAUUCUUCUUUGGACUCUGAUUGGCUGGCAGGCAGUUACAGGUUUGGCCUUUGCUCUCAUUCUCAUUCCCUACGAAGCCGAGAUGACAGGUUGGGUUGCUAAGUUACGAAUGCAAGCGGCAAGAGUUACAGACAAGAGACUCGCAGUAAUGAAUGAAAUUGUCUCUGGAAUACGCGCGGUGAAAAUGUACGCUUGGGAGUGGCCAUAUCGAGAUGCAGUGCGUGCGAUCAGAAGGUCUGAGCUUUCCUUCCUGCGCAAAAUCUACAACAUUCUUUCAACCUUCGCUUCACUACAGCACACCUACGAUAGUGUAAUCUGUCUUAUUGCCUUUAUAACACUCAUAUUCACUGGAAUUCGCCUAACACCCUUCAACGUAUUCACCAUGGUCGGACUCUUGUCUGAAAACAGGCGAUCUCUUGUCUAUGGUCUCACAGACGGGAUGCAGCUCAUCGCUGACUGCUUUGCAUCUCUUGAAAGAAUCGAGUCAUUCCUUUUGAUAGAGGAAUUGAAUGGAAAUGGGAAUGGAAAGGAAGAAAAUCAUCCAGAGGAAACAACGGGAAAUGAAAAUGGCGACGAAGAAAAGGCCACAGACAAGGAAAGUUCCUCAGGAAAACCUUUUUUAAAGGCUUCCAACAUAACUUGUCACUGGAAUGGCCAGAACGAAGCCUCAGUUCUCAACGACGUUAGUCUCGAGGUAACCGAAGAGAGAUUACUUCUAGUGACGGGUCCUGUUGGUUGUGGCAAAUCAUCUCUUCUCUUAGCAUUUCUUGACGAGCUACCACCAAGCACUGGUAAAAUAACUCACAAUGGGAGAAUAGUCUACGUUCCUCAAACCGCUUGGGUUUACAGUGGCACACUUCGUGAUAAUAUUCUCUUCAAUCAGCCAUUUGACCAGGAGAAAUAUGACAAAACUAUCGAAGCAUGCGAUUUGAAGAAGGACAUUGCCAUGUUACCCGAAGGUGACAAAACUCUCCUAGGGGAACGCGGCGCCAGUUUAAGUGGAGGUCAGCGCGCUCGUGUUAAUCUGGCGCGUGCAGUGUACAGUGAUGGUGACAUCUAUUUGAUGGACGAUCCUCUUAGUGCUGUUGACGCGAAAGUUGGAAAACACAUCUUUGAGAACUGCAUUAACGGAUUGCUCAGUAAGAAGGUGCGCGUACUUGUUACACAUCAACUGCAGUAUAUGAAGAGUGCAGACUACAUUGUUAUCCUAGACAAGGGCAGUGUUGUGAAGCAAGGCAAAUAUGAGCAGAUGAAAGAAGCAGGAUUGGAUAUUGAGUCACUCGAGAAAGAGUUUGAACUCGGACAUGAAAAGUAUCAUGAAGUGGAGGGAGGAAAAGUGACCGUUACAUCGGAUCAGGAGAACAGCAAACGUGCUGAGCGUCGAGAAAGCGACUGUUCCUCAGGUUUGGCUGGAAAAGGUAUGACUGCUUCUCAAGAAGAUCGCAUCGUAGGUACCAUAUCUGCAAAACUUUAUUGGAACUACUUCAGAGCAGGCCUUCACGGGAUACUUUUAUUGGCUCUGCUGUUACUUUUCCUUAUUGCCCAAGCAUCAAUCAUUUCACCUAAUCUGUGGCUAGUACAUUUAACAAGAAUGAAAUGGGUUGAACAGAAACACAAGUUGAACCUGAUAAUCUAUGGCAGCUUGGUAGGCGGAGCACUCUUUCUAGCUGUUCUUCGAGGCCUUUUGUACUACUAUACCACGCUCAGAUGCUCCGAGAACCUGCACGAUCGAAUGGUCUUAUCCAUGCUUCAGUCUCCUGUGUACUUUUUCGACACGAAUCCCUCUGGAAGGAUAUUAAACAGGUUUUCAAAGGAUAUUGGAAUUGUGGACGAGUUCCUCCCGCCGACUUCACUGCUCGCUGUGCAAUACAUACUACAGACGCUAGCGUCUGUUUGUGUCACGUGCGCUACAAACUACUGGGCGGUCAUUGGUGUCAUUCCUAUGAUCAUUGGUUUCUUUGGAAUUAACAGGUAUUAUCUGAAAACUUCUCGUGAAAUAAAGCGAAUGGAAGCCAUCAGUCAAAGUCCAGUGCUGGCUCACUUGGCAGACACUCUAGAGGGAAUCAUUAUAAUAAGGACGUAUCAUAUGGAAGACAAGUUCAUGCAAGAUUUUAAUGAGGUGCAAGACAGAAGAAGCCAGAUUUGGUUUCUUGUGCCUCACAGCGCUCGGUGGAUGGGAAUUCGCUUAGACUUCGUGUGCACCUUGUUCGUAGCGAUAUCCACAUUCACUGGAGUAUUCUCAACAACUGAUGCAGGAACGCUCGGGUUAUCUCUAGUUUACGCCAUCAGUACUGUUGGUCAGCUGCAAUUUGCCAUGCGCCAGACAGCCGAUGUUGAAAACAUGAUGACAGCAGUGGAGCGUGUCAUAACCUACACAGAGCUUCCCAAGGAGCCGACGUAUGACAUCAAUAACAAGCCCCCUUCAGACUGGCCCCAGGAAGGUGCCCUUCGUUUUGAGGACCUUUCUCUGACGUACUACGAGGGAGGACCACAAGUCCUAAAGAAGAUUUCAAUAAACAUCAAUGCAAGAGAGAAAGUUGGCGUAGCUGGACGAACCGGAGCUGGUAAAUCGUCUUUGGUAUCCGCCUUAUUUCGAAUGCCAGAACCGGCUGGGAAUAUUUACAUUGAUGAUUUAGCACUGAGCUCAUUUAAUGUUCAGAGCACACGACCAGUGAUUUCUGUCAUCACUCAAAACCCCACUCUGUUUAGUGGGCCGUUGCGCAUAAAUUUGGAUCCAUUCUCCCGUUUCUCGGACGCGGAGGUAUGGAGCGUGUUAGAACAAGUUCAAAUGAAAUCGAAAAUCAUGGAGCUUCCGGGAGAACUUUAUUUCGAACUCUCCGAGUCAGGAAACAAUUUUGGUGUCGGGGAGCGCCAGCUACUUUGCUUGGCAAGAUCUUUGUUGAAUAAAAACAAGAUCAUCGUAAUGGAUGAAGCGACAGCCAAUGUGGAUUUUAGCACAGAUAGAAGAAUUCAAGAGACAAUAAGAAGCAAAUUUCAAGAUUGUACCGUAAUCACCAUAGCGCAUCGUUUGAAUACGAUCAUAGACUAUGACAAAGUGCUAGUAAUGGACAAAGGAACAGUUGUAGAAUAUGACAAACCAAGUGUUCUUCUACAAAACAAGGAUGGGGUUUUAACAGAAUUAUUUCGAAAUCAGCAAGUAGCCCUAUCUUAGUAAAAACCUUAUAUUAGUCAACCAAUUAAUGAACAAAAAAGGUAGUGUUUCGAGAGAACAUUUUUUUUUUGGAAUAGAAACGAAAUUUAACCUUCCUUUUCGAAGGAAAUUUUCAGGAAUCGCACGGGAAAGGUGGGAGGAGAAUUGGUAGAUUUUUGUUGUCUAAAAACAGAUCAAUCUAAUAGCUUCGAUGGCCUCUCGAAAAUUCUUCCUUAAAAUAUUCAUAAAUUAUAUUUUUGGAAAAGUGUUCUUUAUACGAAAUUGGCUAAUGCUAUGAUGUUUUUUCUUCUGAGAGGAGAUCUUCUUUUAAUUCGAUUGAAGUUUGGUCUUAUUAAACCAAAGUGCCUACGAACAACAGGAAUAUUUCACUUGAGAGUGACACAGUUUAGGAUAUUUCUGGUAAAUAUGGAUUGAAAAUAAUGAAAUGAACAAUGAGCUAUUUUCAAAAGAAAACUCGUAAUGAAAUUGGUGAAGCGGAUAAUACUUUCUUGACAAUUAAAUUACCAAUAACUGAGCCUAUUGUUACAUACUUCAACCGGGACUAUUAAUUUCUCAUGUGGAUGGUCGAAUGUAUCACGCCGUCGUUCAAACGUGUAUUAAUGAAAUAUUUAAGGAUUUUAAAAUAUGAAUUUAGGUUAAGUUAAAUAGAGGAUCCUAAGUUCAGUACUUAUCAGAAUUUGACGUUAUUGGUCAAUAAAAUUCUGUUG